UUUACACAUUCAGAGCCUACUUUAAUUACACUUUGACCUGGGCUUCUCCUAAUGACCUCAGCUAGAUUAUAUGCAAAUUGAAAGUAUGGUCCAGUAGCUCUCUUCAAUGGUAUACAUCGGGCGGACUAAUGUUAUUCCUGCUAUACUCCUAUGCAAGUAGCGUGUCUUGGCAUUUAUUGAGUGCAGACUAACGGUUUUAUCCCCGUUGGACGAACCGCAAUCUACCAAACUCCAACUUCGAUAUACUAGCGACUAUACCCUAGCGAAUACUUUUCCAAUUCUUAUUACAUCAAUUCGGAAAUCAAAGCGGAAUCUUACUACGACCAGACCACCCCCUCAAUUCCAACAUUUACCGCCAAUGGACAGCCCCCUCCUCUCCCCCACCAAAGCGCGACAAGCAGCCAUCCAGGCCAAAGACUGGGCCUACGUCAACUCCUGGCUCAGUCGUCACUACGCCCCGAACCCAGUUCCCACAUUCGAGCGAAACGAAGAUACACUGCGGACAUUGCUUGCCCUAGCGGCCGCCAACGAUACCGCCGACGAGGAAGCGGCCCUCGUACACCAGGCACGCGAACAAGCCGUGCAGGGAUUCAAGGCGCGCGAAGAGACCGAAGAGAAACAGAAGAAGGAGAUACUUGACGAGCUGGAGCUUUGUCUCGACGAUAGGGGGGAGCAGGAUCUGGACGAUCUGGCGAAAUCGGCUGCUGCGUUGGGUGCGCUGAGCGCGGAUGCGGGACACCUGGGGCAGUCGGUUAUCGAACUGACGAAGGAGGAAUUUGGCGUUCAGGAUCAGUUGGCGAAGGUGGAUAUGCUACAUGAUUAUCUGCAGAGGGAAUUAGAAGCGCUGCGUCGGCAACUGGAUGAACUCAGGUCUGAUCCGGCUUAUCAGGUUCCGGCUGAUCUGCCGGCUAAGACGGCUGAGUGGACGAAAGGUACGAAAGCUCUCGCUGCUAAAGUGGGCGAGUAUCAGGAUCGGAUUGCUACUUUGAAGAGAAAUCAGAGUAAAGGGCCUACGUUGGAAGAAUUGCUGGCGGAAGAGGAAGACGUCAAGAAGCUUAUGAACACGGUCAAAACUUUGGAACAUCGACUUCAGCUGUUCCAUGACCUUCCUACAGAUGUCCAAGGGGCGCGGGCUAAGUAUCGGGAGUUGCUAGAGGAACUCAAUGAGCUUACCCAGGAACGAGACUCGAAUCUUGAUCAAUCCGUACGGGGAAAGUGAAAUGGUUCAGAAUAUUGGGUUCUGAUUAUAUCAUAUAGUCAUUAACCGACACGGAAUACUAAGCUUAAAACAGUACAUGAGGAUUAAGUCAUCAAAUCAUAAAAUUAUCCAUGAUGAACGGCCACAGGCGAUCCCCCACACACAAGCUUAGUGUGGCGCCCUCCUUCAUCUUCUGCUGGGUGGACUUGGCGGAGUCGGGAGUGAGCUCCUCCUUGGCCUCUGCG